CUGUAAGGAGGCGGGGCCAGUGGAGUCAGCAGCGCAGCGGACGUGGGACAUUUUAGUUUAUGAAUCAGAAGCUUUGUGCAGGGAUGAGGUCCAGUCUGGUGGCAACUCUUCUUCUCCCCCUGCUCCUGGCUGCAGGAAGUGAUGUCACAGGGAAGGAGGCAAACAGGAAGCCCAACUUUGUCCUGAUAAUGGCUGAUGACCUGGGUAUCGGUGAUGUUGGGUGCUACGGUAACGAUACCAUCAGGACCCCCAACAUCGACAGGCUGGCAUCUGACGGGGUGAGGCUGACUCAGCACAUAGCAGCUGCUCCUCUCUGCACACCGAGCCGGGCUGCUUUUAUGACAGGACGUUAUGCUCUCCGCUCAGGAAUGGGCAGCACAGGCCGUGUACAGGUGCUGCUGUUUCUUGGAGGUUCGGGGGGGCUUCCACCGAGUGAGACCACCUUCGCUAAGAGGCUGCAGCAACAAGGAUACACCACUGGCCUCAUUGGUAAGUGGCACUUGGGUGUGAACUGUGAGCACAGAGGGGAUCACUGUCACCACCCGAACCAGCACGGCUUCAGCUACUACUACGGCCUGCCGUUCACCCUGUUCAAUGACUGUGUGCCCGGAGAGGGGACCGACAUCCUGGCAGACUUUCAGAGCACGCUGCGACAAUUGGCCGCUAUUCUUGGCGUUGGACUUUUCACACUGGUGUGUGUCCGUGUGUGUGGCCUCCUCGAUCUCCGCCUGUGGCUCCUGGUUGCACUUUUCUCAUUAAGUAUCUUAGCAACUGCUGUGUGGUAUGUGCCAUUUAAACUCUUACCCACCUGGAACUGCAUCGUUAUGAGGAACCAAGACGUCGUCGAUCAGCCAAUGACAGUGGAGACGCUGCCCCAGAGGUUGCUGGGAGAAGCACAAAACUUUAUCAAGAGGAAUAGUGAUCGUCCCUUCCUCCUGUUCUUCUCAUUAGUUCAUGUCCACAUACCACUCUUCAAAAACCCUCCCUUUGCUGGCAGGAGCCGCCAUGGUCGCUAUGGUGACAACGUAGAAGAAAUGGACUGGCUCGUCGGACAGUUGACAGAGACGGUGGACUCCCUCAGGCUAGCCAACAAUACUCUGAUGUACUUUACGUCAGACCACGGAGGGCACCUCGAGGAUGCUGACUCAAAGGUUGGCCAGAAAGGAGGAUGGAACAGUAUUUAUAAAGGUGGAAAGGCUAUGGGGGGCUGGGAAGGUGGGAUAAGAGUCCCUGGUAUUUUCCGCUGGCCUGGCAGACUGGCAGCUGGGAAAGUAGUGGAUGAACCCACCAGUCUUAUGGACCUGUACCCGACUCUGAAGCAUUUAGCCGAGGACACACAACCAGACAGGUACAUACACAAUUAUCAUCCUCUACCAUAUUUAGAACCACAUACAAGGAAGUUCUUUGACAUUAUCGUGUCUUCGUACACUGUGUCCUGAAAUAAUGUGGUCUCUGUCGUGUGUUUUCAUGCAGGUGACUCCGUCUUCAAGGUGCACUUUUUCACCCCUAACUUUUCCCCCCCGGGAGCCGGCGGGUGCUAUAAAACUAAGGUGUGCCUGUGUCACGGAGAGUAUGUUACACACCACGAUCCACCGCUGGUGUACGACAUUUUCCACGACCCCUCAGAGUCCCGCACACUGACUCCUGAUACUGAGCCACGAUACGCUGAAAUCCUCGAGCAGACUGCCAGAGCUGUGGAUAGGCAUAAAAGUACCCUCCCAAAUAAACAGGUAAAUGAUACUCAAUCGACGGCUGUUCAAAGUCAGAUGGCCUGGGAUAAGAUUCUCUGGCGACCCUGGCUUCAGCCAUGCUGCGGGACGUUUCCAUUCUGCGGCUGCAAAGAGGAGGAGCCGCGUAUUUAAGAGGAAUACAGUCACCACCUUCUUGGCCUUGGUAAAGCUCUUCCUUCUCCAAUCUGCAGCAGAGUUUUCACUUUUUUUUAAAUUGGAGCUGAGAUGCUUCAGAGUGUGUUCAGGUGCUAUCAUUUUUCCAAGUGUUCAGAGUAUGUAAAGAAUGUGACGUGACUUUUUUUUUUUUGAACUGUCCUACCAGGCCCUUUUUUAGGAUUUCCAAACUCCUCACACUGAGACACUUUGUUUAACUUUAAAUUUAGACUGAUUGUACAAUGCCAAUAUUUGAAAUUAAAGCAGCAGUCGUAUCAUAUUGUUGAGUAAAUCUAAGCACAUAUUUAGACUAAACUAAAUAUUUAUUGAAAUACUACUGACACUAUUUAAAUUAAGAUCAAACAACAUAGUCACUGGAACGUAACUAUAUUCAGUGCCUUAUUACAGUUUACAUACUCAGCACAAUGGAAAUUAAAUCUGAAAAUACAUGAAGGGGAAUUCUGUUUAUUUAUUUUACAAGCAAAAAUGUCAACUGUGAAA